AUGAUCAUGCUUGACAUGACAAGAAACUUUGAUUGUCAGCAGUGGGCAUCAAGGGUCAUUUCCCUAACUGUUUCCCACGAGAUGGAGAAGCUUUCAUUGCUGGCGAAAGCAUACAAGAUCGCUGCCUUAAUUUAUGGAACCAGGAUAUUCCGUGCUUUCGCAUCCCCCGCCAAUACACCUAUCAACACACAAGGAGCAGAAAAUGAGAUCCUAGUUUCGAAAUUAAUCGCGACAAUUCAACUUCUCGCCUCGGACGAGAUGUUUUUCAAAUGCCUCAUAUGGCCUACAUUUAUCGCAGGCCUGGAAUGCCAAACAGAAAAUACCAGAGAGUCUAUAAAUACGCUUUUACGAGGCCUUUGGGAAUAUACGUCUUGUUUGAAUGUCAUCAAUGCCUCCAGGAUUUUGCAGGUAUACUGGCAAAAGCAGGACUGGAGUGAUAAUUCAGGAAAGGCACAUGAAGAAAUCGAAGUCAUGGGCCAGGGAUGGCUAUUGAUCUGA